CAAUUGAGCAAUACAAUUCCAAUCAAAUAGGCUUUGAUUUUUACUCAACAUAAUGGAUACAAAACUCAAAUCCUCUCUCACAUUCCUCACAUUUAUUCUUCUUGUUUCCUUCUUUGUCACUUUGGCUCCUAAGCUAUCAGAUGCUAGGCCAUUGUUUAGUCCUUCACAUGGCAAUGAAGGUGUUAUUGGAGAGGUAAAUGGACAUUUUAGGACACUGAAAGGAGCUGGUCCAUCACCUGGAGUUGGACACAGGAUUAUUGGAGGGAUGAAAGAUUCUGGCCCAAGUUCUGGUGGUAUUGGACACAGGUUUAUUGGAGGCAUGAAGAAUUCUGGUCCAAGUUCUGGUGGUGUUGGACACAAAUACAUAACCAACAACAACAACCAUUCAUAAAGUUCACAUUCCCUUUUGCUUUUAUAGUUUAACAAUAAUGAUAUUGUUAUGACUCAUUACAAAUACUUAGUAUUAGUCCAUAUGAAAUUAAUUAUAUACAUUGAAGAUAAUAAGUAUUAAUCCGUGAUAUAUAAUACUAUCACAAAACCUGUUACUAAUUGAAGUUAAUAGUGAAAAGAUGCAUAUUGUAACAUGGCAUUGAUUUGAUAUAUACAGAUAUAAUU